AUCACAUGUUUUGUUUUGUCGACUGCCCACCAAGCAGCAGGAAGAUGCACUUUGAGCCCUGCACAGGCCAAAAAAGCAUUUUACAAAAUUUCUUAUUUUAUUCACACUGUAGUUGUCUUUGAGUGAAUACAACAUGGAAAAAGAAAACCUAUCCGUGGUGUUGCAUUCCCAGGGCGACCUCAGACUGGUAAUAAAGUAGUGUCUAAACUGUGUCAUGAUGAUGUAAGCAGAUCGAGAUUUCAUGAAAACUGCAUAUUUUGGUCAAUAUCAGAAAGUCCAUCUGCUCAUGUUCGUCCAGGAACUAGCCAUUUCAAUUACCAUUUAUAAUAUUAACAAUUUUGACUUUUACUUUUGUUACAGAUGGCAAAAAAGUCAAAAUGUUGAAUAUAAGUGUUAAUUUAAAUGGCAGGUUGCGGGACGCUCCUCAUGGCCAUGGGGAAUGCUUGUAUGAAUGGAUAAAUAAUUACGAUUGAUUAUCUGAAUGGUCAGGCUAAUUGUGAUGAUUGAUUUCUUACAGGAACAACGACCCAUCCCUGAACCAGGUCCAAAUGGUAUAAGAAAAAUGUAGUAUCCAGACAGCUUGUAAAGUAUAUUUCUGCAUUUGAUUUUCAAUUGUGUAGAAACUGUGUACAAUUUGUUUGUCCUAUGGAGUAAUUGCUUGUCUUUCCUUUAUCCAGAGGUGUUGCUUCAGAUGCAUUCAGUUGGGAUCUGUGGGUCAGAUGUGCACUACUGGCAAAAUGGACGCAUAGGUGACUUUGUGGUAAAGAAGCCCAUGGUGCUGGGGCAUGAGGCCGCUGGUCGGGUGGUGAAGGUGGGCUCAGCAGUGAAAAACCUAAAAGAAGGUAAGAACUGUGCAAGCAUGUGAGAAGGAAGUACUCACUUGUUUCAAUGAGGGUAUGUUGUUUUGCUUUUAAUGCAGGUUAAAGUUAAUCAGUUUGUAAAAAAACACUGAUCAGAUAAUGCAACUUUGGAUUGUCUGUCUGUCAAUUAUUCAUAUGUGUUGGAUAAUUAGGGGAUAGAGUCGCUGUAGAGCCAGGUGUCCCUCGCGAGAUGGAUGAGUUCUUCAAAUCAGGAAACUACAAUCUUUCCCCCACCAUCUUCUUCUGUGCCACACCCCCUGAUGAUGGGAAUUUGUGCAGAUUUUACAAACACAGCGCCAACUUCUGUUACAAGUGAGUUCAUUAUUUCUACUUUAUCUACAAGGACAGGUAACGGUCAACAUACUGCCAAUGGGGAACACUGGGGGUAACAUGACAAACCUACAUUGCUUAAGUUCUCUCUGUUUAUGUAUAUGAACAGACUGCCUGACAAUGUGACAUAUGAGGAGGGGGCCCUGAUUGAGCCCCUGUCUGUGGGUAUUCAUGCCUGCCGCAGAGCUGGAGUGACCCUGGGCAGCAGUGUACUUAUCUGUGGGGCAGGUAGGUAAAACUCGGCUGUCAUUCAUUGAUACUGUUAUUUACUGUUACUGCAGCUUGGACCAAUGAAGUGUGACACAAUUUUGCAGUUGCAGCUGUUCAGGUUUUAUGUCCAGUCAUUCAACUCCUACAAGAUGUGAUAAAAUGAAAUAAAAUAAAAUGUAACAUUGCAGAAUAUACAGCCAAUAAGAAGUAUGGCGGUUAUUACAUUCCACUAACAUGCCCAUGCAAGUUUGGAAAUUAAAGAAUGUGGUUUAGUUACAAAAGUGAGAAUCAUGCUGACAGCAUAACAUCAGUGGGGAAACCAAGUGAACUUAAACACCUGUAGUAACAGACUUAAUAUUUAACACAUCCACUCUGCUGGUAAGUGAAUUAACACAUGUAAAUACCUAAACAUUCAUUCGUGAAUGAAAGGGUUGGUUAAAUAAAGAUCAGCUCUUGCUUUUUAGUUAAUGAUAAUGUAUUUCCCUAUAUUUUCCAUAUAGGCCCUGCAAUAGACUAGCGUCCUGUCCAGGGAGUGUACUUUUACAUCAAGCUGCCUCAAGCUACUGAAUCAGACGAUAGGCUCCUGCCUUAUGGACCCUUCUGGCUCAGACCAGGCUUACACACUAUUUCCUAUACUGACCCCUCAUGUCAUCACUUCUAGCCCUCAUUCACACAGUUUCACGAUGACCAGCUAAGUUGAAAAAUAUCUUGUAAGGUUACUAGCACAGCCUCAUAUCCCCAUCGAGUGCAUCGGCUUGGAGAGCAGUGUCCAAACUUCCAAUUAACAUGUGCACAUUCAACCUAAGCAUCGCUCUCAUUUCUCUUUUCCCUAUCACAGGACCAAUUGGUCUGGUCUGUCUGCUGGUGGCCAAGGCUAUGGGUGCCUCACAGGUGGUCAUAACUGGUAAGGCACAGGGGGUAAUAAUACACUCUUUAUGGGAUCCAUUUUGUUUCACUCAAAUCAAAAUUGUCUACCAGGGUCUUCCUUUUUUUUGAAGGGCUUCGAGGUGAAAAAGGUAUAAAUGUUGGUACAUUAGUACUACUGUUUGAUGGCACAGUAUAGUUGGGACUGCCACAGUACUCUUUUUGUCCUUCUGUUUUCAGACCUGUCAGCAGAUCGCCUGGUCAUGGCCAAGGAGCUGGGAGCAGACUUCCCUCUGACUGUGAAGAGGGAGGAUGGGCCUGAGGAGCUGGCUAAGAGAGUGCAGGGACUGCUGGGAGCACAGCCUCAUAUCACCAUCGAGUGCACGGGUGUGGAGAGCAGUGUCCAAACUGCCAUUUAUGUAAGUACAGCCACAAGAGUGAUAUUAGAACCCAUGGAAAUGCUGUACUGUGAAAUGUUGCAGUUUUCUUUUAGAAAAGAAUAUUAACUAUUGGUUCCAAGACUUAAAAAGAACUGAUGUUGGCACAAGAUGGAGGGAAUAUUGGAGCACAACUAUUGAAAUUACAGUUAACGAAAAUGUACGCUUAAUCCAGUAUAAACUAAUGUAUAGAAUUUAUUAUACAAGAGACAAAAUUCACAUAUUCUACAGCACAACAGUAGAAUCAUGUCUUAAGUGUAAAACUAAUAAUGACUCAAUAAUUUAUGCUUUCUGGGAAUGCUAUAAAGUCCAGAAGUUAUGGGCAAAGCUAGAAAGUUGGUUGUAAGAAGUAUUAGAAUGUAAACAUACUUUUAAUCCGUCUGUCUGCAAAUUUCAAGACAUGGCAUAUGGGGGUGUAGUGAGAUACCCAAUGGGCUGGACGAUUCUCUUCUCAUCUUGAAAAAAUCGAAUGAUUUAUUAUUGAAAUAUUGAAAUAGCAUGGGCGACCAAGAAAAACAAAUUAGUAAAAUGUAAGGCCAUGUGGCAAACAAUAAUGCAGGCACUAGGGAUAGGGGUGUGAACAUGCAGGUCUGGGAAGAGGAGAUGCAGUUGUUAUUUGUGUUCGUCUGUUAGUAUUUGGUGUAAAAUAAAUAAAUAUAUUCUUGCUGCCAGGCUACACGUCCUGGAGGAGUGGUGGUUCUAGUAGGGAUGGGUGCAGCGAUGACCACUGUCCCACUGCUCAAUGCUGCUAUCAGAGAGGUGGACAUCAGAGGGGUCUUCCGCUACUGCAACACGUAAGUGAAUCUCUUUCUCUCACAUUAACUAGGUACAGAAAAUAAGUUGUUGCCUUUUACACUGCCCUUCAUCUCACACAACAGAGCCCUGAAGCCAGCGCAGGACAAAGGUCUUCAAAUAAAAUUGAAUUUGUCGCAUGCUUCGUAAACAAGAGGUGUAGACUAACAGUGAAAUGCUUACUUAUGGGCCCUUCCCAACAAUGGGAGGUCUUCAGGAAUAUGGUCCCUAAUGUUCCAACAAUUGCAGCAAGUUGUGUUGAUCUGUUGUCUUAUAAUUCAACUGUUAAUGUGUUUUUGUCCUCUUAUUCUAGCUGGCCAAUGGCUAUAGCGAUGCUGGCCUCUAAGAAGGUGAACGUGGCGCCCCUGGUGACCCACCGGUUCCCCCUGGAGCAGGCUGUGCAGGCCUUCGAGACCACACGCCAGGGACAAGGGGUCAAGGUCAUGCUCAAGUGCGACAAGACUGACCAGAACCCCUGAGAGGACUGGGAACACCAGGACCAAUAAGAGCUAGUAUAGACAACCACAGCGCUGUAGAUCUAACAGUCGAUUUUUCUGUUAGUUGUCUAUGUUGCCCCAUCUUAAUCAGGUUA